CAUUGAUUUAGGGUGGCCUUAUGAUUUGCAGUUUUGUGCCAUAGGCCCAUAGCCGUUUGCCUGUUUGUGAUAAUGGUAAUUUUUUUUUUUUUUUUUGAUUUUUUGUUUAAUAAUGGUAAUUAUUAAAAAGCAAGAUAUACAUUUAUAAUGCAAUACGCAAAAUAACGAUUAAGCUUAUGUCAAGUAGUUUGAUUUUUUUAAACCUUUUGGCGGUACAUGGCCUAUCGAAUUAUCGAUAUCAAAUGUAAAUCCAACUACAGUCACAGAAUUCCCUCCAAAGAAGGACCUUAUCAAAAUGACAAACCUUAUCCUAAGUUAGGAAACCAGCAAACCACUGCUUGUAGCAGACUAUGGACACCAAGACUUAGAAGCUCAAAUUGCUAGAGAUAUUGAACCACACUGAAAGCCAUGGCAGCAUUUAUCUGCCACCUUCAACCAGCAAAUUUCCACGCAAAAGGCCGGUCGGUUAUUUCUUGCACAAUGCAGCAGCCGACCCAGAGUAACAUCAAGCUUUGCAGGUGAUCAUAAAUGGUGCUGCCAAGGAAAUAGGAAGGGCAGCAGUGAUGGCGGUGACCAGAGCAAGAGGGAUGGAGGUGGCUGGUGCAGUAGACAACUAUUAUGUAGGAGAAGACAUUGGAAAGCUAUGUGACAUGGAAGAAGCCCUGGAAAUACCCAUAAUGAAUGACCUUACAAUGGUGUUGGGCUCGAUUUCACAGUCAAAAGCAACAAGUGUAGUGGUUGAUUUUACUGAUCCUUCAACGGUAUAUGACAAUGUCAAACAGGCAACAGCAUUUGGCAUGAGAAGCAUUGUUUAUGUGCCGCGUAUAGAGCUAGAUACAGUGGCAGCAUUAUCUGCAUUCUGUGACAAGGCAAGCAUGGGUUGCCUUGUAGCACCAACACUGUCUAUAGGAUCUAUACUUCUUCAGCAGGCUGCAAUCACAGCCUCUUUCCACUACAACAAUGUGGAGAUAGUUGAAUCAAGACCUACUGCAAGAGAUCUUCCAUCACAAGAUGCAACUCAAAUUGCCAACAACUUAUCAAACCUUGGCCAGCUUUACAAUAGGGAAGAUAUCUCAACAGAUGUUGUGGCAAGAGGUCAAGUUCUAGGAGAAGAUGGAGUUCGAGUACACAGUAUGGUCCUUCCAGGUCUACCCUCUGGCACAACAGUUUACUUCUCAGGCCCAGGAGAGGUACUAACUCUUAAGCAUGAGAUCACAGAUGUGCAAAGCCUAAUGCCAGGCCUGAUUAUGUCCAUAAGGAAGGUUGUACGACUAAAGAAUCUGGUAUAUGGAUUGGAGAAGCUAUUGUAAAGAUCAGAUGUUAUUCCCACAACAUCAAAUACUAUCAGACAUUGGACUUUGGAGCCUCUGUCCAUAUUCUUAAGUCUCAGACAACGCAAACAGAAAUUCGAGAAAAAGAGCUGGCCAGCAAUCAGAUGAAAGGAAGAAAAGUUAACACAUUGAAUAUGUCAAAUGGCGACCACACCCAGCCAUUCGGAGAGUAUGCGGCAUGUUAGAACUGAUGAGAUUACACUAACAAGACAUAACUGAACAAUUUUUUUGGUCCUGAACUGGAAAAAAAAAAAAAAAAAAAAAAAAAUCACUAUUGCAGUGUCUUCCACCAGCUGCAUUAUGAGAUCUUUAGUCCUGUAUUAUUUUUGUUCAUUUUGUUAUUGUCUCCAAAACCUGUGCUUUAAUUCUGAAACUACCUAUGUUAAAAGAAAUAAACUCUUUAAGCAAAAGUGUUUAUUGGUUAAGAAAUAUGGGAAAUACCACCAGAAUAGAGAAGAUUGCUAGGUUAACCAUUUACUGAAGCAAGAUCUUUUUCA